GUAUGUCAUUUGGGAUUGCCGAAUUUUCCUAUAUAGGAAGCCAAACUGAAUGCCACUACGUGUACUUAAAAAUCAUUUCUUUAUCUUCUAAUUAGGCGAUGGCACAAUGCAGUCGCCUAUUGUGUCUUCUUCACAUACUUCUUUUGUUCGUAGUCGAGAUCAUCGAAGCAAAAAGAUUUCCUGCAUGUAUUGUAUUUGGAGACUCGACAGUUGAUGCGGGUAAUAACAAUCAAAUCCCCACCGUGGUAAGAGCUAAUUUUCCACCAUACGGACAGGAUUGUGAAGGUGGAAAACCCAAUGGACGUUUUUGUAAUGGUCGGUUGGCUACUGAUUUCCUGUCGGAGAUGCUAGGGAUUAAAAGAUCAAUACCAGCAUAUUUGGAUCCGGCUUAUGAUAUAGAAGAUUUUGCUUCCGGAGUUACCUUCGCUUCAGCUGGAACUGGUUAUGAUGUCGCUACGUCUAAUGUGUUUGGUGGGAUACCUCUAUCGAAAGAAUUGGAAUACUUCAAAGAGUACCAGAAGAAGUUAAUAGCCUUUGUUGGUCAGGAUAAGGCGAUAGAGACAAUAAGAGAAUCCUUGUAUAUGGUGAGUGUACGGACUAAUGAUUUUUUAGAGAAUUACCACUUUGGGCCAGUACGAUCGAUCCAAUUCACGGUAGAUGAGUACGCAAACUUUCUCAUAAGCAUCGCAAGAACAUUCCUUACUGACCUUUAUGGAUUGGGGGCGAGAAAAAUACUAUCAUCAGGAAUUCCUCCUGCCGGUUGCAUACCUAUAGCAAGGACUGUAAAUAAUUUUGCGGAAAGAACGUGUAAAGAAGAUGCAAACGAAGCUUGUAAGGACUUUAAUGAUAAGUUGCAAAAUUUGGUGGGGAAUUUAAAUAAGGAACUCGAUGGAAUCAUAUUAAUUACGUGGACAUCUAUAAUCCUAUCCUGGAUAUCAUUCAAAAUCCUGAAUUAUACGAUUGGAGAACGCGCAUGAAGGAUGUUGCGCAACAGGAGCAUAUGAGUUCGCAUCUUUAUGUCGAGCAGGAAGUAUGUUAUCGUGCAAGGACCCGAGCAAAUAUGUAUUUUGGGACGCAAUACAUCCAACUGAGAAGAUGUAUCACAUUUGGGCCAGUAGACUGUUGAACAUAACUGCGUCUCAAUUGUGUUAAUUAGGUGAUCUAAAAUAUCACAGCUUAUAUACGCACAUAAAUAACCCUUGAAGAAAAUUACCGUUGAUAUAGGUUAUGCGAGGUAUAAACAAAAUUACAGAUGUAAAGGCUCGAGCUUUUAGUUCUCUAAUAAACAGAGUAUUAUUGAUUAAGAA